AUGGCCAAAUUCAUUCCACGAGCAGUGUUCCCUGCUCAAUUGUCAUUGCCGCGUUCCUAUUUCCUUGGUCACCAUGCCUCUGGCCUCUCGAAGAUGAAGACUAUGCUGUCUUCCAUUGACCUCAUAAUCGAAUGCCGAGACUACCGUGUUCCUCUUACGUCGCGCAAUCCUCUAUUUGAGCAGUCACUCGCAGGAUUAGAGCGGCUUGUUGUUUAUACCAAAAGGGAUCUAGGGAGCAAAGAUCGGCCAUCCGAUCGAUCGAGAGAGGAAAUUAUCCGCCGCUGGCAUGCACCACAUCACACUCUCUUCACAAACCACAAAUCCAAACGCGAUGUCAAAUCAGUCCUCAACUUUGCCAAAGAUUACGCCGCACAAUCCCAAUCUCUUCUCGGGACACGUAUCUUGGUUGUUGGGAUGCCGAAUGUUGGGAAGUCCUCGUUGUUGAAUGCGUUGCGCGCAGAGGGAGUGCAUCGUCCGAAAGCGGCAUUUACGGGUGCGCAGCCGGGAAUUACAAGGAAGAUUGCUAGUGGUGUUAAGAUUGUCGAUAGGGAUGAGGAGAGAGGGACUGAAGGAGUAUAUUUGGUCGAUACACCGGGUGUGUUUAUUCCUUUUGUGCCAGAUUCUGAAUCAAUGAUGAAACUGGCGUUGGUGGGGAGUGUGAAGGAUACGAUUAUUACACCAGUAACGCUGUGCGACUAUUUGCUCUUCCAUAUCAACAAACAACCCCAGGGGCAGCGAUUCUAUGACGAAUAUUGUGGGCCGACGAAUGACAUUGUGGACUUGUUAGAUGCUGUUUGCAAGAAAACCGGGAGGCUGGGAAAAGGAGGUAUCCCGGAUUUGGAUGCUGCUGCACUGUGGAUUAUCCAGAGAUGGAGGCAGGGCAAUGUGGGCACCUUUCUCCUGGACGAGGUGGAGGAAGACAGCCUAGCAAAGAAAAUGAACGAAGAGGUUGCGGUGAGUCUCAGCCAGGCAAAGAAACAGAGGAAACAGGAACAUGUCGCAAGGGGAAAGGCCAAGCAUACGGCUGCCUGA